AUGUCUCUGCCUUCGACCGAGCUGACCAUGGCUGAAACCUGUGAAGCCAUGAGCCAAGUCUUUGGCCCCAUCAUGGGCUUCCUGAGCAAAGGUUGUCCUUCUUGCAAAGGUGAUGAGGACUACAGAGGACAGCUUUGUCUUGUUCAGGUGAUGAGGACCUCAGAGGACAGCCUUGCCCUGUUCAGACUUUUAAACUAUGAAGAGCAAAAAUACAAAGAUGUUACAGUACCCAAGAACCAGUCAGCUGAGAUAGCAGCAAAGCAAACACUGAGAUGUAAAACAUCUAGGAAACAUUCUGUAUCCUGGAAGUCAGAGAAAACCGAAGAUUACCUUAAAGAAAAUAUAACUCAGCCACAUAGAGCUUCUCCAGAGCCCAUUUCUCAAAAAGAGAAAGGUCAACCCAGCAGGAGAAAGGAAAAUAUUUGGAACAUGAUAUAUUCUCUUUAUGUGAUGCCCAUAUUUGUACUUAUGUUGGACUUUUUUAUUGUUGAACUAGAACCGGAAGAUGACGAUGUGAUGAGAAACAUAACUAGGCUAAGAGAAAAGCUUGGUUGGAAAACUGUGUUAGCACAGCAUGAUAUGAAAUAUAGUAGAGCUAAAAUUCAGAAGAUUACUCUAAAGGAACCUUUGAAAGAUGAUGGUGAAUUUGUAUACUGCAUUCCUCGGGGGAAUCUUAAAAGAUUUCACAGUUCAUAUGAUCUUCAGGUAGUAUCUGCUCACAGAGCUAGAAAUUGCAAAAAAUUUUGGACUAUUUCAGCUUCAUUUAUUACAAAGGUUACUAAAACAGGAAUUGGUACAGAAGAAGCAGAAGUUGUUCCUACUUUGGAAUGGCUAUCAGAAAGACGGCGGUACUAUUUAUUACAACAAUUCAAGAUAUUUUCCAAUUUCCGAAUUAAUAAAGCCUUUGUGACCUGGAAAUUGAACGUUAAAAGAAUUAAGACAGAGAAGAGCAGGUCAAUUUUAUAUAAUCGUCUCUUUUGGGCUGAUGAAUUGUUUCAGUCCUGUUUGCUUUAUAUAAGAGGACUCUGUGAAGAUGCUAUUAAUAUCAAUAGUUAUAAUGAACAUGUGGGUAAUCCAUCUGCUAUAUUUCUUGUGAAGCUUGACAGAUCUCGAACAUAUUCUUUAGAUGAAUUUUGUGAAGAACAGUUACAGCAAGCUACUCAGGCACUGAAGCAACUUAAGGGCAUAAGGGAUAAAGCAAUUUCAGAGAUAAAAACUACCUUCUUCAAGGUUGCAGAAAAGAAAGAUGUUAAAGAAUAUUUUGAGUCAAAGCCGUCUGAAGAUAAUACAACACACUUCAAGCUACCUAAGUAUCGGUGUUUGUUAGAAACAAUGGCCAGAUUUCUCAUGCUGGUUGACUUCAUAUUUCAAGAACUCAUCCGUCAGCUAAUGAACACUGCAGUUACACUACUUUGCAAAUUAUUCAAUGGUUCUUCUAACAUGCCAUUUUCACUGGAAAGAAAGAAUGAAAAUCUUAUCAGAACAUGCAAGGAUGGCUUUUUUCUCAGUGAAAAUAUAAUGAAUGAUUAUGCAGAAUUCAUUAAUAACUCAAAUACACCUGCUCUUCCUGCUGAAAAGUCAGAAGUAAAAACAGAUGCUGAUAUUAAUGAGAUUUUAAAUAAGAUUAAAGUGGAGAAGAAUUUGAGAAAGUCAUAUGCACCAAUAUUUGAAGUAAAUCUACGCUUGAGAAUUCCUGCUGAAAGUGAUUCCUCAGAAAAUUCUGAAGAGAAUUUUUAUGAGCUUAAACAGGGUCCUGAAAAAUGUAUGACAUGUGAAGAUGAAAUGUCAGAAUACAGUCCUGAAAAAAGUUGCUUGCAUGAACAACUGCUUCCCAAAGCCAAGAAAUCAGAAAAUUUCACUUUAAACCUUGAAGAUGUUCUUUCAGAUGCAGAAAUCACAACUGAGUCUGAGAAUAUAAACAUGUAUGAUAAAUAUUCAGAAUUCCCUACCAAUCUCUUUAUUGAUCCAAAUAGACUGGAAUUUUCAAUAAAAAUUCAAAAUAUGAUAGAAAAUAUUGAAAAACUUAUAACUACAAUUACUCCUCUUCACCAAGAUCCUCGCCUGUCUCUCUUUAUUGGUUUGGUUCCAAUUAUGGAUUUAUCUAAUAAUAUAGGAAGUAUAAUAAAAUAUAAGAAGCAGACCAAGUGGCCAGAUUGUCAGAUUCUUUUUGAAAUGGAUCCUGCCUACCAAAAUAAAAUUGUGAGUCUUCUGACUAUUAUUGGUAAUUCAAUGAGCCUUGUUAGUACUUAUAGCUCCAAGUUUCUAAAGUAUUGUACCAUGGUAGAGAAAGCCCAAACUAUAAGCAUGAAUAUAUCAUCUAUGGGAGAAUUAACCUCAGCACAGUUUAAUAUUAUACUGCAUAAAUUCAUAAACUACUUUGGACAUAUUGUGACUAUGCCUAUUGAGAAACGCAUUGGAAUUUUCAAUGUUAUGAGUUUUGAUUAUCAGUCAGAAUGCUUACCAUAUGUUGAUAACAUCAUACAUACGAGCCAGGAUCUCUUGCAAUCUGUAAUUGAGGAAAAAAAUACAAGCCUACUGGAAACUGUUGAGUCAUCAUUACGACAACUGGAACGUGAUCCCAUUAGAAUGGAAGAAUUUGUGGAAUACCUUACUUUUUUGGAUGAAAUUUCAUCAACAAUAUCUGAAUUAGAAAAAGAGUAUCUAACACUUUCUCAGCUGCAUUCUGUUGUAAGACGUUACCAGAUCAACAUUUCGGAAGAGCAAGUUGCCAUUUACAAAAUCCUUUGUAUCAAGUUUGAUAAACUAAGAACAGCUAUAAAAUUCGGUAAAGUAAAUAAAGAUGCCACCAUAACUAAAUUUCAUGAUAAUUUGGAAGAAUUUGUCACGGAUCUCCGAGUGGAUAUUAGUAAUUUAAAAGCCAAAAUAAGAACUCCUGUCCUGCUGUCGCCCAGCACCAGUGUGCCAACAGCAAAGGAAAUAAUCCAGGAUCUCUCUGAGGAGGCAGCCAGUCUGGCUAACAAAGCUAGAAUGUAUGCAAACUACCAGGAUCGCUUCUGUGACUCCCAGGCUCAGAUGCAUUCUCUCAAUGUGGAAGAAGUCACACAGAUUAUGCUUGCAGAGAUCUCUGACAUUGAUUGUGACUUAACAUUGAGGAAAAUACUUUGGGAAGCACAGGAAGAAUGGGGCACACUCUUUGAGGAGUGGAGGAAUUGUUCUAUUCAGAGUAUUGAUAUAGAUUUGGUGCAGAGAGAAGUUUCCAAAUGGCUGCGUAAGAUCUUCAUACUAGAAAAAGGUUUACCUAAAAAUGAAGUGGUAAUGCAUCUUAAACGAUCAGUGACAGAUUUUAAGCAAGAGGUGCCCAUCAUCAUAGCACUGGGAAACCCCUGCCUCAAGCCAAGGCACUGGGAGGCACUGCAGGAAAUCAUGGGAAAGUCAGUUUCCCUGGACAUCAACUGUACAGUGGACAGUCUUCUAGCCCUCAAGAUGUUUCAGUAUGAACAUGAAAUAAAUGAAAUAUCAACCUCAGCAAAUAAUGAAGCUGCUCUUGAAAAAAUGCUGUUUAAGAUUAUUGAUCUUUGGAAUACAACACCUUUACAUGUGGUCCUUCAUCAUACAGAGCUGUACUCUGUCCUAAUAAUUUCAUCUGUAGAUGAUGUAUUAGCUCAGGUAGAAGAGUCUCAAAUCCUACUUGCAACAAUUAAAGUAUCGUCUUAUCUUGGACCCUUUAAGGAGCUUGUGAAUGAAUGGGAUCAAAACUUAAGUCUCUUCUCUUAUAUCCUUGAGAAAUGGAUGAGUUGUCAAAGAACUUGGCUUUAUCUUGAACCAAUCUUUCGUUCAUUAGAAAUAAAAAGGCAGCUGCCUGAAGAAACAAGAUUAUUCUUUCACGUGAUUGCUAUAUGGAAAAAACUAAUGGUAAAAAUACGAAACAAACUGGAUGCUUUGCGAAUAACCACUUCUAUGGGAGUACUUGAAAUUCUGCAAAGUUGUGAUGUACAUCUUGAAUGCAUAAAAAAAAGUCUUGAGGAUUACCUUGAAAUUAAACGAAUGGUUUUCCCAAGAUUUUACUUUCUCAGCAAUGCAGACCUUCUUGAUAUUCUAGCAGCAAGCAAAAAUUCUGAGUCUGUACAGCCUCAUCUUGUGAAAUGUUUUGAAAAUAUAAAGCAAGUCCUGAUCUGGAGGCAGGAGGCUGGGCCUCCUGCUGUGAGGAUUCUCCUGUCUGCUGAAGGGGAAGGUCUUGUGCUGCCCAAGAAAAUUCGCCUAAGAAGUUGUGUAGAACAGUGGCUGGCAAAUGUAGAGAAAAGCAUGUUUGAAAUACUGAAAAAAUAAAAUAAAAUGUAUAUUUAAACUGAUAUAUUUUACUUUUUUCAGAGCCAGAUCAUGUUUUACAAUGACUGUAUCAGAAGUUUUGGGAGUUCUCAUUCAAAAGAAGAGCUAGGAAAGGUCCAUACGACUGUGCUCGGUCAUCUAGAAGCAGCUGCAGAGCUGGUUGUGCCGAGUACUAGUAAUUCUAGGACAAAAAAUGUCCUCAGUGCCUUGCUUACUCUUUAUGUUCACUGCAGAGACAUUGUGAAGGAUUUACUACUUAAAAACACCUUCAGUGCAGAGGAUUUUGAAUGGACCAGACACUUGCAAUACAAGUGGAAUGAGAAACAAAGGUUGUGUUACGUGUCUCAAGGAGAUGCCAGCUUUGCCUAUGGCUAUGAGUACUUGGGCUGUACCCCCAGGCUGGUCAUCACGCCCCUCACAGCCCGCUGCUGGCUCACCCUCACAAGAGCUCUGAACUGGAACUUGGGAGGCUGCACUGCUGGCCCCGCUGGAGUAGGAAAGACAGAGACUGUUAAAGAUCUAGCAAAAGCUUUAGGUAAACAUUGUGUGGUCUUCAACUGUUUUGAAGAUCUGGACUAUAAGAUCGUGGGCCGGUUCGUGUUCGGGCUGGCGCAGUCAGGCGCCUGGUGCUGCCUGGAUGAACUGAACCGCGUGAGCACCGAGGUCCUCGCCGCCCUGGCUGCCCAGAUGCUGGCGUUGAAGGCAGCGCGGGACAGCCGUUCUGCCAGGUUUGUACUGGAUGGAAAAGAACUGUUUAUCAAUAUGUCUUGUGCAGUAUUUAUCACCAUGAAUCCUAGCUAUGGAGGUCGAGUAGAGCUCCCUGGUAACUUAAAAUCUCUGUUUCGCCCAGUGGCAAUGGUGGUGCCACACAGUCAAAUGAUUGCAGAAAUAAUACUGUUUUCAUUUGGUUUCAAAUCUUCAAAACCACUCUCUCAAAAGCUAGCUUGCUUUUUUGAUUUGGCUAGCAAACACCUGGCACAACAGGCUCAUUAUGAUUUUGGCCUGAGAUCUUUGAAGACAGUUUUAAUAAUGGCUGAAAAGAAGAAACAGGAGUUUAAAUGUGACAAUCUUUCUGAAGCUGAAGAAAUGCUGAUCAUAUCGGAGGCUGUAAGAGAUGCUACUUUAUCAAAAUUUCCUCCAGACUAUGUCCCACUUUUUGAAAAUAUUAUAGGAGAUAUAUUUCCUGAAGUGACGGUUUCAAAAGUAAAUCAACUUGCCUUGAAGAAAGCGAUAUAUGCUGCAACACAGCAAUUAGGCUUACAGCAUUGGCCACCUCAGAAAGAGAAAAUUAUACAGUUCCAUAAUCAACUUCAGGCUUGUGUUGGUGUGAUGUUAUUGGGCCCAACAGGUGGUGGAAAGACAACAGUCAGAAGAAUUUUGGAAAAGGCAUUAAUACUAUUGCCAACUGUAGAUAUCAUCUCAGUUACAGGCAGUGAAUCCACCUCAAAGGUCCCAGGAAGAAAAGGAAAAGUCGAUAUCUGUGUUUUAAAUCCAAAGUGCAUCACUCUUAAUGAACUAUAUGGACGACUGGAUCCUAAUACUAUGGAGUGGACUGAUGGAUUAUUAUCAAUAGCAAUUCGAAAUUAUGUGUAUUUUAACACCACAAGGUACUCAAAGAAAGACACUGACCUUGGACUAAAAUCAAGACUGUUAGAUUUAUCAAAAGCUUUCCAGCUUAAUGCUUCUGAUACAGCAGAUAUUGAAGAAAGUAUUUUUAUGAAGGAGAGAGAGAAAGAUGUUAAAAUUCCAAGAAAUCAUAAUUUUGAUUGGCAGUGGAUUAUCUUAGAUGGUCCAGUGGACACCUUGUGGGUAGAAAAUCUAAAUACUGUGUUAGAUGACACCAGGACCCUGUGCCUAGCAAACAGUGAGAGAAUAGUGUUAACUAAUAGAAUACGAGUGAUCUUUGAAGUGGAUAGUCUCGCCCAGGCCAGUCCUGCUACUAUCAGCCGGUGUGCAAUGGUGUAUAUGGAUCCUGUUGAUCUGGGAUGGGAGCCUUAUGUUAAGUCAUGGCUUUCAAAAACAUCUAAAAUGAUAAGUCAAUCAGGAGUGGACUGUCUUGAAUUCAUGAUUAAAAAUAGUGUCUCCAGUGGGCUACAAUUUAUAAAGAAGCAUGAGAAAUUUCUGGCUUAUCCUACCCAAGACAUAACAAUCGUCAUAACUCUCUGCAGAAUUCUUGAUGCUUUCUUUGAAUUUAUGAGUAAAUAUGGAGGAUUUGGACAAAGUAAUGACUCAAGUAACACUUCAAGUAAGAAGGCAAAUUCUGCGAAAGGUUCUGUUAAAGUGAAGGCCACAGAGAACAGGGAUAAAAACACAUGGUAUCUGGAGAAAAAUCCUGAUAAAUUAGUGCUGGUGUUGCAGAAGCUCUAUGUGUUUGCAUUUACUUGGGCAUUUGGGGGAAUUUUAAAACGUGAAGAUCAACAUGAAGAUGACAUCGUGUUUUGUUCAGCUUUUGAGCCUGAUUGUCUUGCAGAUGUAACCUAUACUUUUGACAACUUUGUUCAUAACUUAUUUGAAAACAAUUCAGAAGUAGCCAUCAAUAUACCAACUGGUGACCAAUCUAUCUUUGGGUAUUUUCUGGAUCUACAACAAUGUGAAUUCGUGCGGUGGUCAGAAAUAGUUCCUAAUGUUGCAACACUAAAUCAAAAAGGUGCUUCAUUGCUGGCAGACCUUCAAGGGGCUCGGGAGAACAUGCUGAGGCUUACAGAGUGCGGCGAGCACAUUCAUUACACAGCCACCAGAGACGCCGUGUGCCUGUCUUUCCUCACAAGCCUCCUUUUAAAGAAUUCCUGCCCUGUACUUCUCACAGGAGAGUCUGGUGUUGGGAAAACUGCGACCAUUAACCACAUGCUUGAAAAGUUAGAAGGCCCAGGAGCAUUUGAUAUAAAAUAUGGAUCCAUUUUAGGAGAUGUCCUAUUACAUAAUGAAAUUAAAAAGUCAAGGUUCCUAAAGCAAAACCUCCACAUCUUGGUUUCUGAAGCCCAGAGGGACAGGACAGCAGCUGAAAAUCUUGAUAAUAGUACUAAGAAGCUGGGAGCUGGAACUAAUAGAAGUUCACUUAAAAAUGAUAAAGGAAUUAUAGUCUCUACAAUAAAUUUUUGUACCAGUAUGACAGCUGCCAAAGCCAAAGAGAUGAUUCUUAAGAAGCUAAUAAGAAAAGCUAAAGACACUUUGGGAGCACCUAAGAAUAGCAAGGCUGUAAUAUUCAUUGACGACUUGAACUUACCUGUGCCAGAUGCUAGUGGAGCCCAACCACCGCUGGAGCUGGUCAGGCAGCUGCUGGACAUGGGAGGGGUCUAUGACACACAAAAAAACGUGUGGAAGGGCGUCCAGGAUGUCUCUGUGGUGGCAGCCUCAUCCUGUGUCUCUCCAAUUGGCCGACACGAUGUCAACCCACGUCUCCUCAAGCAUUUCUCUGUGUUGGUACUGCCUCAACCUCCUCAAAGUGCCUUAUAUUCUAUUUUUGAGGUUCACUUGGGAUUGUAUUUCUCCCUCAAUAACUUUACAGCUGAUGUUCAGAAAUGCAAGGAUCCAAUAAUAUCUUCUUCCCUGGAUAUGUACUAUCACAUAUGUAAGCGUAUGUUACCAACACCCACAAAAUGCCACUACAUGUUUAACCUUCGAGACAUGUUAAAGCUUCUUCUAGGGCUUCUACAAGCUGACAAGGCUGUCAUUAACUCUAAGGAAACAACUGCCCUGCUCUUCAUACAUGAAGCUUCCCGCGUGUUUCACGAUCGCCUUGUGGAACCUUUUGAACAAAGCUUUUUCUAUCAGGUGCUCUCAAAGGAACUGGAGGACUACUUCGAGAUUGGAAUAGAUGGAUGUGGAAAAGAAACUUGUGUGACGUUGGCCUCUUAUUUGUCAGAACACAAACUGUACCACGUGCCUGUGUCUCAUGGUUGUGCCUCUGUGGAAUUCAAAGAAAUCUUUAAAAAGGUGUUUAUUCAAGCAGGAUUAGAAGAGAACCCCACUGUUCUGGUGGUUGCUAACUUACACCAAGAACAAAUAUCAUUUUUGGAAGAUUUGAACUACAUUGUCAACCUGGGGAAAAUACCUCACGUGUUUGAAGACAAAGAGCUGUAUUCUAUUAUAGUGAAGAUUCGAUCUUUGGCUCUACAGUCUGGUUACACAGACAGCAGAAAAUCUUUGCUUUCUUUCUUCCAAAAGAGAAUAAAUAAAAACUUCCAUAUUUUUAUAAUCAUGAGCCCUGUGGGACCUAACCUCCGCCAGAUUUGUAGAGUGUACCCUGCCAUGAUCAGCGCCUGCACAAUGGACUGGUACCAGAAGUGGCCAGAGGAGGCACUUCUUAUGGUAGCCAACUCUUUCUUAAGGGAAAAGGUGAAUCCAGAGAAGAGAGAGAACUUAAAAGAAAAAAUUGCCCCAACGUGUGUCCAAAUCCACAAAAGCAUGGAAGACUUGCACACAUGCUACUUUCAAGAAACCCGAAGUCAGUACUACUUGACGCCUAGCAGCUACUUACAGUUCAUGGAGACAUUUGCACACCUUCUGAGGUCCCGGGAAGAGAAGAUGCACAGGAAACGGGAUCGUUUCUGCUUGGGUCUCUCCACAAUGCUGGAAGCAACCCAACUGGUUAGAGACAUGCAAGAAGAGCUCUUGAUUCUCACCCCUCAGAUAGAACAAAAGACAAAGGAAGUAGAAGACUUGAUGGAAAAAUUACAGAAAAAUUCACAAGUGGUGGAGCAAGUUCAGAUGCUUGUUAAACAAGAUGAAGAAAUCAUGGCUCAAGAAGUGAGAAUAGUAGAAGAUUAUGCUCAGAAAGCUACCAAUGAGCUACAGAGUGUGCUGCCUGCUGUAGACAAAGCAAUCAAGGCUCUGAAUGCACUAGAUAAAGCCGACGUUGCUGAAUUAAGGGUCUACUCACGGCCCCCCUUCCUUGUGCUGACUGUCAUGAAUGCGGUGUGCAUUCUGCUGCAAGAGAAACCAAACUGGACAACAGCAAAGCUGCUUCUAUCAGAGACUGGAUUCCUAAAGAAACUGAUUAACCUUGAUAAGGACAGCAUACCUGAUAAGGUUUUUGUGAAGUUGAAAAAAAUUUUGAACUUGCCAGACUUCAACCCAACCAAGAUGGCGCUGGUGUCUGCUGCGUGUUGCUCCAUGUGCCAGUGGAUUAUAGCACUGAAUAACUACCACGAGGUCCAGAAGGUUGUAAGCCCUAAACAAAUGCAAGUAGCAGAAGCUCAAAAUGUCCUCAAAAUUGCACGACUAAAGUUGGCCGAAAAGCAAAAAGGUUUGCAGCUGAUUGAAGAACAUUUGCUGUCUUUGCAAGCAACCUAUAAAGAUGUUCUUAGUGAAAAACAACUGUUAGCAAAUCGGAGAAAACUGGCCACCAAACGCCUGCAGUGUGCGUCUGUCCUGCUGACUGUCCUGGGGGAUGAGAAGACGCGGUGGCAGGCAGCAGUCGGUGACAUAGACAGCAGGCUGGGUGGGGUCUUGGGCGACUCCCUGCUGUCUGCAGCCUGCAUCGUCUACAGUGGGGUCCUCACACCAGAGUUUCGCCAGCUCAUUGUGAAUUCCUGGGAGGAUGUUUGCAUUAAAAACAACAUUUCUUUGUCUUCCAAAUUCUCCUUUGUUGAAGUGAUGGCACAGAAAAAUGAGGUCCGCAGGUGGCACACACAGGGGCUGCCCCUCGGGAGGUGGUCCACUGAGAACGCCAUCCUGAUGAGAAACGGCCAGCAGUGGCCCCUGCUGAUUGACCCACACAGGCAGGCACUCACCUGGAUCCGCCAGGUGGAGGGGCCCCGGCUCCAGGAGCUCUCCACAGAAGACAGUCUGCUCCCCCAGAAGCUGGAGAGUGCCAUGAAGAUGGGGUCAAGUGUGCUUCUGCAGAUUCUCUCUGAAACAAUUUCUCCAGUCUUGAAGGCAACUUUGAAAAAGGAUAUCUAUCAGAAAAGAGGGCAGUAUUUCAUAAGAAUUGAUGAUUCUGAGAUUGAAUACAAUUCCCAAUUCAGGUUAUACUUAUCUACAGAAAUAGACAAUCCCCAUUUUCUGCCAUCAGUGCACAACUUUGUGACUAUGAUCAACUUCACAGUAACAUUCCAAGGUUUGCAAGACCAGCUCUUAUCCACCGUAGUAAGUCAUGAAGUGCCCCACUUAGAGGAGCAGCACUCUCAGUUAGUGGAGCAGAUCGCCCUCGAUGCAAUAACACUCGAAGAACUAGAGGAGAAAACACUGAACUUGCUGCAGAAUUCCCAGGGAUGUGUAUUAGAUGAUAAGGAAAUUAUAGAUACCUUAAGAAAAUGCAAAAUGACUUCAACGGAAAUUGCAAAACGCAUUGAAGCAACAGAGAAAGCAGAAAGUGAAAUCCAAGCCACCCGAGAGAAGUACCUGCCCAUCGCCACGCAAGGUGUCCUGCUGUACUUUCUGGCAGCGGGCCUGGCCCGGGUGGACCACAUGUACCAGUUCUCCCUCAGCUGGUUUCGCCAGAUCUUUGUGUCAUCAAUAGUUUCCAAAAACAAAGAGCAAGAGCAUAGCUUGAAAAGGGAGAUGAUAUCUCUGAACAAAGUUAAUGAGAUUAAAAAUAUCUCAGAACGACCUAACUUGGAAAGUGAGAAAAAUGCCUUACACAAGCAUAUUAGCAAUGUAUUAGAUUCACUGACAAGAAAUAUUUUUAAGGUGGUUUCUUCAGCUCUGUUCAACCAACAUAAACUCUGCUUCUCCUUCCGGCUUUGCACUACAAUCAUGCAAAACAAUGCGGAUGGCAACCUCAGGCCUGAUGGCAUUGGAUUCCUACCAGAGGAAGAGUGGAACCUCUUUCUAUAUUCCAGCAUCCUAAUUAACAUUGAAAAUAUUCUCUCCAAGCCAAGACUUGACAAUAUAUUUGAAAUGUGCCAAAAUCAGCACCUUCAGUGGCUCUCGGUGUCACGGUGGAGACAGUGUCAGCACAUCGGCCGGCAGCUGGAGCCCUUCUCGCUGCUCUGCAGCUCCCUCCUGUCUAACCCUCCACAGUGGAAUGCAUUUAAGAACAGCAAGUCUGUGUACUCUCUGAUGAGCACAGUGUUCUGCUCAGAGAUUGCUCCAUCAGAAAGCAUGAAGUCGUCCGAAGAAACAGAACUUUUGAAUGAAAAUGAAGAAAUGCAUAAUCCUAUAAAUUUUCCCUGGGAGAAACUGACUCCAUUUCAAAGACUUAUUUUGAUAAAAAUUCUUAGACCGGAAAGUUUAAACAAAUCAGUGAGAAAUUUCAUAACUGAAAAAAUGGGAAGUGCGUAUCUUCACCGAGGCGGAGUUAAUCUGAAGGAGGUGUUCAGAGAGUCCUCGGCCCGGACGCCGCUGACCCUCAUCUACCCCCAGGGUCACAUGGGGCUUGACCUCACCAGAGUCCUGCUGAGAUUUGCACAAGAGUUAAAAGGAACAACACACCACGUGACCAUGAUUUCUCUGGACCAGGGCCAGGUGGCCAAGGCUGAAGAGCUGGUUGUCAAGGCUCUGAGCAAAAGGCAGCAAUGGGUCUUCCUGCAGAACUGCCACCUGGCAGCAUCGUUUAUGCCACGGCUCUGUGCCAUUGUGGAGUCUUUUAACAGGCCAGAUGUAGCCAUAGACCCAGAAUUUAGGCUAUGGUUAAGUUCCAAAUCAGACCGUGCCUUCCCAAUGCCGAUUCUUCAAAAGGGUGUAAAGGUUGCCCUGGAGCCUCCCCAGGGACUGAAGAGCAACUUACUCCAGAUGUUUGGAUACAAUGGCGGUGGGGAAGUGACAGAAGAGAUAUUUGAAAACCCCGACUACGGACAGUGGUGGAAAAAACUUUUAUUUAGCUUGUGUUUUUUCAAUGCUGUGGUCAAUGAAAGAAAAAACUACGGCACACUGGGCUGGAAUAUAGCUUACAAAUUUAUUUCUUCAGACUUGGAGGCUUCCAUCAAGGUGCUGGCCAGCGUGCUGCGGAGACAGGUGGACGUGCCCUGGCGGCUGCUGCACUGCCUGGUCGGGGAGGUGGUCUACGGUGGCCGCAUCACAGACCCCUGGGACAAGCGGUGCCUGGACACACUGCUCUGCAGGUUCUGCAACCCAGAGGUGCUGAGAGAUGACUUCACCUUCUCCAGUCAGCCGGUCCCCAGAUCUGCAAGCUUCCAGGACUACAUACGCAUUAUCCAGUCACUACCUGAAGAGGACGCUCCGGAGAUCUUAGGGAUUCACCCUGAAGCCACACGGAGCUGCAGGGAGACCCAAGGCCUGCAGUUCAUGGAUGGUCUUGUUGCCAUGCAGCCCAGCACUGCCACAGUCACCCUCGCCAUCAGUCCUGAGCAAAGCCCUGACAUGCUAGUGAGGGACAUCCUGCAUGACAUCCAGGCGCAGCUGCCCCUAGCGGUGGAGGACGACGGAGCUGUGGACGCCACCGUGGGCACUCUGCAGGCCUUCCUGGCCAGCUCUGCCUGGGAGUGUCUCUGCAGAAAUGUGUCUGGCCAUGAUCCGCUUAUUCACUGUGCCUUGAUAACCUUUUUGAACCAAGAAACUGGACGAUUUGAUAAGUUAUUAUUUGUUAUACAUAAAUCUUUAAAAGAUCUUCAACUUGCUAUAAAAGGAGAGAUCACCCUUACUCAAGAACUGGAAGACAUGUACGACUGCUUUCUCCACACCAGAGUGCCUUUAUUGUGGCAGAAGCAUGCAUACAGGUCAAGUAAGACUCUGAGUGCCUGGGUGGAUGACCUCAGCCAGCGCCUGGACUUCCUUACCACCUGGGCCCAGGCAGCCCGCACAGCCCUGCACCACCGGUACCUGAAAUUUAUUGGCUCUUGGAAGCAGGCUGCCCCCCCGGCAGCUCCCAACCCCAGGCCCCCUGCCGAUCCAGGAAGCAGUCUCUGGGAAGCAUUGCCCAAGAGAUACUGGCUUCCAGCUUUCUUCUUUCCCCAAGCCUUUCUUGCUGCUGUGCUCCAAGACUACGGGAGGUCACAAGGAGUCCCCACGGAUGCCCUCACUUUCUCUCACCACGUGGUUUCCGACACCAGCAACGUCAGUGAGGAGGAGUUCUCCACCGCAGCGGACCAGAGCAGGCUUCGCCUCAUCUGGAGAGCCUUCAAGGGCUCUGAACCCACUCACAAGGGAGUUCACGUGUUUGGUUUAUUCAUGGAGGGGGCACGGUGGGACCAGGAGCUGAAUACCCUGGAGGACUCACUACCUCUUGAGAUGUGCUGUGACUUCCCUGACAUUCACUUCCUGCCAGUCAAGAUUUCUACUAUAAAGCAAGACACUUCUAACCAGCCAGGCUCAGAACUCUACACUUUUGAAUGCCCGGUUUACCAGACUCCUGAAAGGUCCAUAACUUCGACAACUACUGGUUUACCAACGAACUUCCUGACCUCAGUGCACUUACCUACCAGAAGACCUCCCACUCACUGGAUCACCAUGCAGGUCGCACUGCUAUGUGAGAAAAAUGACAAAUAA